AUGCCAGGCGCUAUAGGCAGUCUAGUUCCGUCUAGCAUCGCCUCCCAAAAGAGCGCGGACCGGGCUCAUUGGCUCGAUUUCUCCAGUUAUUCCAUGUUCUUGCAGGUCAAGAACGGAGUCUCUGGACUUGUGGCCGAAGAAAUGGGGAUUGAUGAGGAAAAGAUAUCGCCGGUUGGUGCUGACCAUGUUGAUGAUGUCUCGAAGAACGUUCUCAGUCCCUCGGAUGUGGAUGAAGAUGAAGAGUUUUCCCGUCAGGAGCAGCGCAAGAUUAUCCACCGUAUUGAUGCUCGGUUGGUGGUGAUAUGUGGUGUGGGAUAUUUCAUCAGUUUGAUGGAUAGGACAAACACCUCCGUAGCUGCCAUUACUGGUAUGACCAAAGAUUUAGGCCUCAAAGUAGGAUUCAGAUAUUCCAUUAUUGUCCUGGUGUUCUUCAUUACAUACAUUGUUGCGCAGCCGGUAGCAACUGUAAUCAUCAGAAAAGCGGGCCCAAGAUCCUUUAUAUCCGUGAUUGUUUUGACAUGGGGUGCCAUUUUGAUAGGGUUUGGCUUUGUUAAGAAUUGGCAGCAGAUGGCUGGUCUUCGUGCACUACUUGGAAUCCUUGAAGCCGGGUUCUUCCCAGGAACAGUAUAUCUGCUGUCCACUUGGUAUUGUCGACGUGAGUUCUACCCUAAGCAGAUACUGCUUAAAAGUGUGUCUGACCAAUCAAAUAUAGAUGAGGUCCAAAAACGGUAUUCCGUCUUUUAUAUCAUUGGCGCCGUUGCCGGCUCACUUUCUGGUAUCCUGGCAUUUGGUAUUAGCCAGAUGGAAGGCGUUCAGGGUAUCCGUGGCUGGAGGUGGAUCUUCAUCAUAGAAGGAGUGGUCUCUAUUGUUGUUUCUAUCCUCAGCUAUAUCUUCCUGAUCGAUUUCCCAGACCGUGCUUCAGGAGCUUGGGGUUUCCUGAACGAAAAGGAGCUCGCUUUCGUCAUUCGACGGGUCAAUCGAGAUCGUGGUGACGUGCAUGUCGAACCAUUCAGCCUGGGGAGAUUUCUCCGUCCAGCACUAGACUUCAAGAUCUGGGGCUUCGCAUUGCUCUUCUUUUGCACUACGACAGUCACAUACGCCAUAGCGUAUUUCCUACCUAUCAUCCUUACCGAUGGGAUCGGCUUUAGCGUGGGCGAGUCACUAUGCCUGGGUGCACCGCCAUAUGCCUUUGCUGGAAUCGUAAUGUACGCCUCCGCCUGGGUCGCGGAUAAAUACCGCACCCGCGCACCAGUCAUCGCCGUCAACGCCCUCAUCACCUUGAUUGGCUUGCCAAUGAUGGGAUUCGGAAAGGGCAGCGCACUCCGCUAUGCGGGAGUCUUCUUCUCCACAGCGGGAGCCAAUGCAAAUAUCCCCUCUGUCAUGGCCUACCAAGCUAAUAAUAUCCGUGGCCAGUGGACUAGAGCGUUUGCCAGCGCAAGCUUGGUUGGGCUCGGAGGUAUCGGUGGCAUUGCUGGCAGUCUUGUAUUCAGAUCUCAGGAUGCACCAGAGUACAUUCCUGGUAUCUGGGCUGCAAUCACAUCUCAGCUCAUCCUUCUUAUCACUGCGGCGGCGCUGAGCUGGUAUUUCUGGAGGUCUAACCGAAAGGCGGAUCGGGGAGAGCUGGUAAUCGAGGAGUCUCCGUCUUUCCGAUAUACCAUUUAG